UGGGUUCUUGUAGUGUCAACUGGGCCGGACCCUUUUCGAGGCGAAGGUUCACUUUCAUCCAGCAAACGACAAAUCCGGCCAGCCACACAUCAUUUCCGUCGCAGCCAGCAACAUGUCUCCAACCGCAAAGAACCAUGUACAUCAACAUGAGCUCUUACUGGCCGAGGAUGAUCCAUACCUGGCCAACUCUAUGCGGCCAGGGGAGUUGACACAAAAGCGGCGCGGGAAGUAUGUCGAAAUCCCGCAGGUGCUGGAUGGCUUCUUCAUGCUAAAUAAAGCACCAGCAGAAGAUCCCGACAACGUCUACUACCUCGACUUGACGGGGGAAAACCUACGGCAUGUCAUUGAAGAUGACCUCACAUUGUUCGCCAAUCUGGAGAUUCUGCAUUGCGGUGAGAACAACUUGCCGCUGGCAAAACUGGGGGUUCUCCCGGGGCUGAGAAGGCUGGUGAUGCCUUGCAACGAUGUGACGGAUCUGGAUUUGGAGGUUGAAGGGAGAUUUCUGGGGCUUGAGGAAUUGGACCUCUCCUACAACCGAUUAACACCCGCCGGUAUCACGGUCUUGGCCUCGCUUCCCUCUCUCCGUCGUCUCGACCUCUCCACCAACGGGCUCACAUCAUUACCAACAACGCUGAUGGACAUGACUAAUUGGCGGGAACGUGUGAUCGAGAGUCUUUUGCCGGAGGAAGAUUUGCAGGCUUUGGAGGGGUGGUUGAAGGCUGAACUGCCGGCGCAUGGUGACGGGAAGGAGGCGAAGGGUGGAAAGGAGAUGAAUGGGAAGGAGAAGAAAGUGUCUAAGGCAGAGGACGCAGCGGCGGCAUCUUCGCCGUCCGUUAUAGCGGAAACGGCGACAAAGUCGAAUGAUGUUCCGGCGACUGAACGACCCGCUGAAACCCCAGCCGACCCAGGCUCCGAAGAAAACGUGGCGGACGGGUCCACCUCAGACCGUCCAACAACAAUCCCGCAAGUUGUACAAGUGGCCAAAGAAAUGGCCGUCACGAUUGACGAAGACGACGAUGAUGCAUCUAUAGCCACCGCCUCUGAUGCGGGCGACGCGGAGGCGCCAGAUGCUGCAGAUUCAGAGGAAGUAGCGCAUAGCGAGGAAGAUGUUGAGGAGAGCGCCGUCGACCGGAACGCAGAUGUGGCGGACGAGGAGAAUACAGUGGGAGAGCUGGAUGCCAAUAGGGCGCAGAAUAUCUUGAACAGUUCCGGUGGACCGGGUUUCAAACGGCUGGAGCUGCUAUCACUCGAGAACAAUCGAAUCAACAGCCCCGAGACCUUUAGAAUCUUAGCGGCACUACCGAACUUGAAAACGCUGAACUUGUCUCGGAACCACAUCACAACGCUAGCUUUCCUCACCCCAGCCAGAACGCAAUCCUCAUUUCACGCCGGAGUUCCAGAUACCUCAGAGCCAAGAUAUGAUGGAUUCUAUUCGUUGGUUGAGGUCAAUCUAUCUUUCAACAAUAUCGGAUCGCCGGAGCAGCUGACGGGCGUGAUAUGGCUGCCUGCGUUGAAGAGAGUUUUCUUGGAAGGGAACCCGGUGAUGCAGCGGGUGAAUCAAAAAGUCACCAUCCGGGAUGGGGAUUCGGAUACUGUCCUGGGCUACCUGCAUUUCAACCCCCUCUUCGAACUGCCUCAAAAGUACUCCAUUCAAAUCGCCGAUGCCGUUUACAACAUUCCCACCACCACCAUCCCCUGCCUCUCCCCAACCUCCACUCUCAUGCGCCCAAUCGACUCGCCGCGCGAGAUCACACCAGACCACGACACCGCCCCCCUCGUCCCACGGCACCUCCACCCAGCCCCUCUCACCCGCCCGGCACAAUACCACACCACAAUCGCAUCCUCCCGCUUCCUUUCCCACCUGCACCGCAAAAACGCGCCACCAUCCAUCUCCGGUCGCAACAUCGUAGCCUCGCACACAGUCUCCGACGCUGGCGAAACGAAAUGGACGCUCGAAGCCGGCGUGAAGCGCAAAGCACGGCGAGCGUAUGAUUUCAGCGAUGAGGACUUUAGGGAGAUUGUGCGGCAGGGAUUUAUUCCGGAUGUGGAGGAGUUGGUGAAGAUCGGGGAGGAGAGGGAGAUGAGGAUGGCGUUGAUGGAGGCGAUGGGGCAGGGAGGGUUGGAUGGCGGCCGUGAUAGUGACGGGAAGAUGGGGAUGGAACUUGGGGGCCUUGAGAGAGGCGAGGACCGAAAGUCGAGGGGGUCUAGUCCAGGAUCAGAGGGGGCUCGGCUGGAAGACGCCGAACCACUCGAUGGGGAGGAACCGCUUCAAUACGACCCAACAGCGAAAGACGAUACGUUCCUCACCCGCGUGCACAUCACAGGCGGAGGCGGCCUCGGCUCAUCCGACGACCACAUGUCCUCGCUCAGCUCAUCGCAAGCCUCUGGUCUGUCCACGCCGCCGCGGACGCCAUCCCCGUUUUCCACCAUCGACGUCAACAUCCUCGACGACGACACAGACGCGGACCUGCCGCCGCUGCCGAAAACACUGACGGGUGCGCUGCGGGCUCUCCGCCACGCGCUGUCGAAUCCAGUCAGCGGGUGGGCGCCGGUGCCGAAGCCGUAUGCGCUGCAGACGCUUGCGUCGACGCAGAAGGCUUAUCAGCAUCAGGUGGUUGCUGGGGGAAGGGGGAAGGCUGCGUUUGGAGGUAAAGCGCCAUUCCGGUUUACGAAAGGCGGAGGUGCGGGUGGGAAGGGUGGAAAUACGGCGGUACUGCCAAGCCUGCCGCCUAGAGGCACGCCAAAGGGUGGUAGGGUGACGACGAAGAAUGCCGGGCCGUCCGAUGAGUUCACGCCGAUGAGAGAGUUGAUGCGAGGCGUAGAUGAGAAGAUUGAGAUUGUGGAAGAAAGUAUCGCGGCACUCAUGAAACCGGCGCCGGCUUUGCGCUUCGCCAUCAGAAACGCCAGUUUGAUCCCGCCUUCGCAAAAACUGCUUCAUCAGGUGCAAACCGAGUACGACAGGAUCGAGCGGAUGUACACGGUCGCAGCGCUCGCGGAACGAAGUGCUGCAGCUCGCAAACCGCAGAACGCAGGUGCAAGGGCCAGUGCAGCAAAAAAUGCCGGGAACACGUCACCGAGUGGUGCGAGUGUGGUGGUGUGAGCGGCAUCAUGCCCCUUCUCCUGUAUAUAUGGCCAUCAUCACUAGAUUGCAGGGCAAUAAACGUUGCAGCUUGGGCCCGGAGUUGGUUUAGUUCGUUUUAUUGUUUUUUUUUAAUGUGCUUUUCAAGUUUUUCUAUACAGGGUUCACACCACAACCACGAGUGAUGGGGACCAACCACGUUCAGAGAAGCCAUUCCGGCCCUCAGGGCCCCCAGCGAAACAACGACCACGAUACUUUUCCUCCCUUACAUGCGAAGGGGACUUGUUGCCUUCGCGACAUCCAAGGUUCUAUGAAGGCGGAUGGAUGACGCGUUCCAAAAUGGCACUAUAUAUAUGUUGUGGGAGACGAAAGGUUCUUAAGAUGUUUC